GUCAAGUCGAUUUAAUGUAAAUCAUAGUAAAAUACUUGACUGUAGUAUGGAUCUUAAGUAAUGGAUUCUCAUUCCAGACGAUUAGACGGGAUUUGUUGUCACAGAUGAUGAUGACUUGACACUGAAUCAGAGGAUGAUCGACUGAGCAGCUGUUAAUUGCGAAGAUGUUUCGCCCAGGCCUAACCGCCAGGGGACAUCUUCAAUCCGAAGACCCAUGGUCCACUCCAGCAGAUUUUUGGACCCAAAAACUCAACACUGCAGUUUUGAGCAGAGAAAUCCUAUAUAAAAAUGUCAGACGUGGAAGCAGAAGAGGUUGCGGCACGUCGUAGCCUUCCAUCUACCAAGCUGGACAAGUUGAAAGGAGCUAAAGCCUUGGUAGAGAAAGCCAUCAAGGAGCAAAAAGUGUUCUCAGUGCAGGGGCGCUAUCCUGUGAUUCGUGCCGGCCUACGGGCCAGAGGGUGGGUGGAACGUUAUUUGCCGAACGCAAGCCAUGGAUCGUCUCACCGCCAGAGUGAUAAGGACAACGAUGAAGAUGAUGGCAGCACUGGAACAGAUAAUUGUGCUGAGAUAAAAGAGAGAGGGGAUAAUGGCAAGGAAGACGACCUUGACAACAUGUAUGACUUCAUGUCUCGUCUGGUUCGAAAUGAAAGGACUUGUUUCUAUUGGAGCUCACGUUACGAUUCCAUCUACUGUCGCUCGUUGCGACAGGACCAAGUGACCAAUCACUAUGCCAAAACUGGAAACUUUACCACCAAGGUGGGUCUCUGUGUGAACCUGCGUAACCUUAGGUGGUACGACACUGCAGAUCCUGACACCUUCUUUCCGAGAUGUUACAGGCUUGGGGCUGAGGAUGAGAGACAUGCAUUCAUAGAGGACUUCAGAAGGACAGCGUGCAGCAGUCUGCUAAAGCACGUGGUCGAGACGAACAUGAUGACAAAAGAACCGACAAAGAAUGAGCAGGGGAAAGCCGAAAGCUUUGUCGCUCUCGUGAGUGCAGGAGUGAUCAAUACAGCCUUGCAAAAGUGUCAGGAGUAUCUGAGUGUCUUAGCACACAGCGACAUUGAUGUGACUGCGAAAACGCUGCCUUUCGUGGAGGAAAAUCAGUGGAAUCACUUUCUGCAAAAGUACUACUCAGUUGUGCACAAAGGUGCAUCAAUCAGAAGUAGUGCUGAUUUUGUGGGCCGCUGCCAGGCCAUGUUGGCCCAACUGAAAGAAGUCUGUCCUCAGAUGGACAUUGAUGGAGUCAAUAACAUCUGGAUUAUCAAACCAGGCGCAAUGUCAAGAGGAAGAGGUAUUGUUUGCAUGAAUCGCUUGGAUCAGAUUUUAGCAUUGGUGGACUCAGACAGAAACAUGGCGAAGGAUAGUAAGUGGGUGGUUCAGAAGUACCUGGAGCAACCUAUGUUGAUCAAUGGAACCAAGUUCGACCUGCGUCAGUGGUUUCUGGUCACUGACUGGAACCCUCUGACCGUCUGGUUCUACAGAGAGUGCUACCUGAGGUUCUCCACUCAGCCCUACUCCACAAAAAAACUUCAUAGCUCAGUCCAUCUGUGCAACAACGCCAUCCAGAAGCACUUCCAGCCAUCACAUGAGCGCCACCCAGGCGUGCCCAGGGACAACAUGUGGUCCAGCUCCGACUUCAAGGCUUUUCUGCAGCAGCAGGGCCGUGAGGCGCAGUGGGAGACCGUGGUGGUCCCGGGCAUGCAGCAAGCUGUGGUCCAUGUCUUGCAGACAGCCCAGGACAAUGUGGAGCACCGCAAGGCAACCUUUGAGUUAUACGGUGCCGAUUUCAUGUUGGGAAAUGAUUUGAGGCCUUGGCUUCUUGAAGUCAACGCCAGUCCCACCAUGGCCUGCACCAGCGUGGUGACGGCACGCCUCUGCCCCGCUGUGCAACUGGACACACUGAGGGUGGUGCUGGACAAACGAAACAACCCCUACGCCUGUACAGGAGGCUUCCGCUUGAUCUACAAACAGCCUGCAGUUGAAACCCCACAGUUUAUUGGUUUGAAUCUGAUAGUGGAAGGAAACCACAUCAAGAAACCUAAAUCUACAAAGCGCAGAAAAAGGGUUGGCUCUACUAAACCUCACUUGACCCAGUCCGCACAAAUACACUUUUCUUCCGAGGAUAGUGACGUAAUGAGUAAACAUCAAGCGGAGUCAUGCGAGAAGACACAAGAGCGUAGGUCUUCUCCAGAGAAGAGGCAGAAGACACCGUCUCCACGGAGGGAACGACAGGAAAGAGCAGUGGUUCACGAUGCCAGUUUGGUGUCAGAACAACAUGUGGUGGAGGACCACACUCGACCCAGGAGGAGACCCCAAUGUUCGGGUGGGAGACGCGGUGGCAGUGGAGCCCCACUUCCCCAAAGGAGCAUCUCCUUUUCCCACACCCCCAAGCCUCACAAUGCUUCACGUGUAUGUAAAUCUACAAUUAAACCAAGCCAUGGAGUGUACCUGUGGAGAUCCUUCCUUCCCAGGACUUUUUCCGAGCCUUGUAACAGGCCCUCGACACGAGUCACUUCUUUCAGUCAGGAACAGCUCCCCUUGCUGCGGCUCACAAGCAUGCAGCCAGGCAAUCGAAGACCUUCUACGGACACCUUUCAAAUUGAGUCUAGUUAUAGAUUCCACAAACAGCGUUACAUGCAAACUAUGUCCAGAUAUAAAUGACA